GAUGUGCCGGCUGGAGGACGCGUAGACUGAGCGAUCGGACGCGGAACUGUUUUGUUUCUGUCAGUGCUCUGGAGCAGAUUUCUGUCAUUUUGAAGCCCAUUCGUGCUCAUUUGGAUUUAAUUCUUCAAAGUGCUGCCGUGUUGGGAUUCCUAAGACUUUCAGGAAGGAGAAUAAUCCGUGAACACGUUUUGCAGACGGCGUGCGUAACAGACGGAGUCUGGUUGAGCAGUUAUUUGAAUGACAAUAGUUUGAGGAAACAGCGCUAUUAUUUGUUUAAAGGAUUAUUACUGAGACACAGAGGGGAGGUGAAAUUGAUGCUGGAAGGACAUUUUGGAUUUGUGAAGUGAAUCUGAAGUGUUUAAAUUCGUAAAUAUUGACAGGUGUUGCAGCCAUCUAACCGUGCCAGGAUACGCGUUUAAUUCACUUAAAGCUGUAUUUAUGGAAUAAAACAAGACGGAUUAUUCAGUAUGGGAUAUUACCAAGCCUUGGGUAUGUAAUCCAGUUUUCUCUACUUUAUCAGCACCCAGCGAAAGUGCACGUUUAAUGAAGAACCUUAUGAUGCGCCUGAAAGGUUGAAUGGGAGAGUAACCAUCACUUCAGCGUCUUUUCUCCGAGUUGUAGCCGACAAGGCAACAGCCAAAAUGACCAGCAACGGACCUGUCAUCGUCUACGAGUGGCUGAAGACCCUCCAGCUCGCCCAGUAUGUCGAGUCCUUCGUGGAUAACGGGUACGACGAUCUGGAGGUUUGCAAACAGAUCGGAGACCCGGACCUGGAUGCCAUCGGCGUGUACAUCCCUCACCACCGGCAAAGGAUCCACGACGCGGUCAGGAGGCUGAAAGAGGAAGCCCAGGAGACGGCCAGUGGACUUUACUUCACACUGGAGCCCAUGCCACCCGCAGCCGAAAUUUACACCAGCCACAUGGUGGACCAGUACGAGUCCAGACUGCGGGGAUCCAAGUCCUGGACCGAGCACAACAGUGACCGCGUGGGGCGUAAUGGUGGGUACAUGGGCGCGCAGAGGAACCUGACGCUUGGCAACAGGAGGGAGCUGGUGGUUUACCCCAAGCUGAAGCUGAAGAUCAUGAUCAGGGAUAAGCUCAUCAGAGAUGGCAUCAACCUGGCCAAGCCGCCAUACUCUAAUAAGGAUGGUUCUCUGGGAAACAUAGAUGACCUUGCCCAAGAGUACUCGGAGUACUACAACACCUGCUUCAGCGACGUCAGCGACCGCAUGGAGGAGCUACGCAAGAGACGAGUCUCCCAAGAACUUGACAUGGAGAAACAGGACCCAAGCAGCACAUCCCUGCAGCUCCGCACAGAAAUCCAGGAGUCUUUAGGCUUCAGCAGUGAGGUGUCAACUCCAGAAACAGACAGAAAAAUGCCCCUGCACAAAUCCAGCUCUGAGGAUGGAUCUGGAGGUAAAUGGGACAACAAGAAGAAAAACAAAUCCUUUUGGCAGAACUUCCGGAAGUCUCAGCACAAACCAGUCAUGCGGCAGACAUCCAAAGGAGAAGACAUUGGCUAUGUGGCCAGUGAGAUCACCAUGAGCGACGAAGAGCGAAUCCAGCUAAUGAUGAUGGUGAAAGAAAAGAUGAUCACUGUUGAAGAAGCUCUCGCUCGGCUGAAGGAGUAUGAGCGCAGCAGACAGUCCAGCAGUACUGAAACUGCAGAGUGGACUGAAGGAACUGCGGCCAAUCUAAACCAGUCCUCAAACUGCAACUCGCGUGAGCAGUCAGACGAUGAGCAAUCGGAGGACUCUGUGAAGUUCAAACGGCUUCACAAGCUAGUUAACUCGACACGCCGGGUCAGGAAAAAACUCAUUAAGGUGGAGGAGGGCAAGAAACAUGGCUCUGAAGAUUUUCUGAAUUUGGAGUCGACCCCCACCUGUGAGGACAACACAGCUCUGUACACAGGAGUCCUAAAGAAGCCCCCACUGCCCCAGGAGAUCUCCCUGCCCUCCCUCACCCAGGACCAACUCUCUCUGGAUGGAGACACAGACAGUCUAACCAACUCCCCUUCUUCCAGCAGCUUGGACACCUGGUCUGGACACAAGCUGGUCAAAACCUUCAGUAAGUCCUCCAGCACCCACGGCCUCAUCCGACCCCCUAAAAGAACCCCGAUCAGCUCAGGGGGUUUGGGAGGCUCCAUCUCCGGUGUGGGAGGAAGUGGCUCUUCCUUCUCUGAGCUGGAUGGCUGUGGAUUGGAUGACGAGGGAAAGCUGUCACGCUCCACGACGGACGGCGAGAUGCGGAAGGCCCUGAGCUCCAUCUCCCAUGGGAGAACAUGCAGCUUUGGGGGCUUUGACCUGUCCAACCGCUCGCUCCAUGUGGUCAACACAGGCUCAGAGGGCAACAAUAAAGAUCAGGAGGCCAUAUACAGAGAAGUGGUCAAAUCCCCCACCACUUCUCGGAUCUCGCUGGGGAAGAAGGUCAAGUCAGUGAAGGAAACGAUGAGGAAACGCAUGUCGAAGAAGUACAGCAGCUCCUUAUCUGAGCAGUCGAGUCCAGAUGGGACCCCUGGCUCCCCUCAGUCCCCACAGCCUGACACAGACUCUCUGGAGAAGCCGAAGCUGAAGGCCGGAGGAUCGGUGGAAAGUCUGCGGAGUUCACUCAGCGGUCAGAGUUCCAUGAGUGGUCAAACAGUGAGCACCACAGACUCAUCAGCCAGUAACAGAGAAAGUGUGAAGUCAGAGGAUGGCGAUGAUGAAGAGCCACCUUACAGAGGACCAUUCUGUGGCCGUGCCAGAGUCCAUACAGACUUCACACCCAGCCCGUAUGACACAGACUCACUCAAACUAAAGCGUGGGGAUGUGAUUGACAUCAUCAGUAAGCCGCCCAUGGGAACGUGGAUGGGCCUCCUGAACAACAAAGUGGGCACCUUUAAGUUCAUCUACGUGGAUGUGCUGAGUGAGGAAGAGGAGAAGCCCAAACGGCCAGUAAGGAGGAGGAGGAAGGGCCGACCACCCAAACCCACAUCGGUGGAGGAGCUGCUGGAGCGCAUAAACCUCAAGGAGCACAUGCCCACUUUCCUGUUCAAUGGCUAUGAGGACCUGGACACGUUCAAGCUGCUGGAGGAGGAGGACCUGGAUGAGCUGAACAUCAGAGAUCCUCAGCAUAGAGCCGUGCUGCUCACUGCUGUUGAGCUGCUGCAGGAGUAUGACAGCAGCAGCGAUCCAGAGCGCGGUGGCCUGUCAGGAUCUCAGGAGAAGCUUCUGUCUGAGGGGCGGGGCUUAGUGGGCGACUCCCCACGAGACUCUGGCUGCUAUGAGAGCAACGAGAAUCUGGAGAAUGGGAAGAGCAGAAAGACCUCCCGCUCCAACCGUUCUUCUGCAGGCCUCCAGUCUCCAGACUACCCCACCCUCCCCAUGACUCUUUCAACAGAAGCUCUGCAGCACAACAGCAAGAACCAGCGCACAAAGUUCCCCAAAAGCUUCUUCAUCAAACCCUCCUUGAAAGGUUUCAACCUGCUUGGGCUGCGUAGAGCCCAAAGACGGUCUCCCAUACCAGCCAGCCGCAGCUGUGAGGACCUGGAUGGUCCUCCGCAGCCUGUUGGGCCCUUAAAACGCUCCCACUCUCUUGGAGAUCUUCACUGGGAGCAGAACUUUGAGCACAAGGAUCUAGGAGUCGAGCUUAAACUCGCAAAGGAGGGACCCAAAUCUGGCAACAGCAGCCCAAACAGCGUAUUUAGAGAGGAGGGUGUCCGAAAUCAGAACGGGACUCCAACGCUGAGCCCACAAAGAAGGGUGGAAAGACCGCCAAUUCCCUCUCAGCUGCCUCUGCGCUCACCUUCUGCUGUGACUCAGUCACAAAAUCCAUCAGAGCUCCUCUCUAGUCAAACUCCAAGCCCACCUGAGUCAAGUGGAGAGAGGGUCAUUCGGACUCACCCCAAAAAGCCACCAGUCCCUCCUCCUGUUCCUGCCAAGAAGUCAAAGGAAAGACUCGCAAACGGCUUACGUCACCCGCCUCUCUCCCUGCCCUCUUCGCCAUCACCCACCCCCUCUCCCACCCACUCCCUUACCCACUCUCACCCAAGCAGCCCCAUCAUUCGCAGUAGCAGCAGCAGCCCAAGCCCGGGCGCCCCUGCUCUCCCCGCAAAGACCUUCAGUAACCCUGCUAGCCCCUGUGCCACCACCUCAACCGCUUCAUCCAUGGGCGAGGAGCCAAGCAGUCCUCCAGCUGUGCAGCCUCCAUGGAUGUCAGAUUUCGGGGGAAAGGUUGCUGUUUCAAGAAAAGUUUCCCACAACAAGAUGAGCCCUGACCUGCUCACCCUACUGGAACAAAGGCUAGAGGCUGAGGGCAUCGAUCUGACAGAGGAGCCGUACUCUGACAAGCAUGGCCGGUGUGGAAUCCCCCAGCCGCUGGUGCAGCGUUACUCUGAAGACCUGGAGCAGCCUGCCAAGGAUGUGGCCUCAAACAUGGACCAGCUCCGAGUCAGAGAGCUUCGCAAACAGCACCGCAUGGCUAUCCCUUCUGGAGGGCUCACAGAGAUGUGCCGGAAACCUCUUCCUUCAGGUAACAUCAGCACGGUGGCAGAUUGGCUCACUUCUAUCGGCCUACCCAUGUACACAUCAUCUCUGAUGACGGCAGGAAUCGACACGUUGAGUCACGUGGCCUUGUUAACCGAUAGCACCGUUUGGGAGGCUGGGGUGCGGGAUGAAAGACACGCCCGCCGGCUCGUCAGUGAGGCACGAUUGCUCAGCACACACUGAGGGAUGCAGUCCUAGUGGUGUGGUUGGAGUCACAUUUAAAAAAAAAACAGGUAUCAAAUCACUGGUCUGUACCAUCUUUAUCAAACACGGUCAGUAGGUGGACUCAAUUAUCACAAGACUGGCCACAGCACUACAGUACUUCCUGUCUCACACCUUUUCAAAAUAAGACUCAAAGUGAGCAAACCUCGCUCUCUGAUUUUCACUCUUUCACUUUUCUCAACUGUUUACGGCAUUGAAGAGGUUUUUUUCUCCUAGCAGCCAAGACGAGAUGUUUGAUUAUUGCCUUUUCAAAAUAAAAGACUCACUCUGUGGGAUGGCUUCCACUCUGAGGACACCCCCAAAAGUCUUAAAUAAAGACUUGGAUCCGCCUUGAAGGAAGAUUGCACACUCUUUUGUAGGAUGGGUAUUUUUUAAGACACAGAAAAAGAUGGUUUUCUUCCUGCAUUUUCACGAGUGCUUAAUUUUCUAUUUCUUUUUGUGGCCGGGGUAACGUUUAAUGAGGGUCUCUUAAGGAAGUAGCUCUGCCAAAGUGAUUUACUUCUCACUCAAUGCGUGGUUCCGACUCAAAGGAAUUCAACAAAUAUUAUAUCUGGACUUUUAAUCAACUAAAUGCUACAUAAACUUUUAAUAACUGGUCAUUUUGAGAUGGUUUGUUUUGUAUCAUUUUCUGUAUUAUAGCAUAUCUUAAUUUGAAACUGAUUUAUAUGCUUAAAUUUUGUUUGCCUUUUGAGUGUUGCAGCCUUAUUUUGAGACAAGCUCUCAGUCAUUGCUAAGCUGAAACAGCUGACAUCCCACCUUCAUAUUUCCUGUAUAUUUAAUGUCCUCUUUUGCUGUCCAUAUCUUGGAUGCACUAGUCUUACAAAAGCUUUUACUUCAAGCAAUCACAAUCAGAAUUUACAUAUACAAUACAUUCCCUUUGUAUCCAAGCACAUAUGAAGCUGCCUUACCAUUGUUGAUGAAGAGAUAUGUAUGGCUUUAGCUAUACCAUGACUGAGAUGCAGAAAGCGCAAGCCUUUUUUUAUCGGACCAGAUGAUUUUAGUGAUGUAUAUCUAUGUGGACCACAACACAUUCCUCUAAUGGACUGUGUUUUCUUUACAUGUGAAGCCACAAAACCACAUUCAUGACACAGAUUUCAUUCCAUGUUUAACAUCUCUUUAACAUCCUACCGCACAAUGUACAAGUUUCAUGUUGUGGCGACGGAGGAGGAGAAAAUGUUCCAAAGACACAGCUGACAUCUGCGCUGUCAUAUCUGGAAUUUAUUGGACCAUCUACAGUGUUGAGGAAUUUGUUUUAUAGCUGAUAAUAAGCUGUUUGGGACAUUUUAAACACUUCAUACUGUAACUUUAAUCAAUGCUGGAUGGAUACUCUGAAUAGGACUUUUGCAAAAGCUUGGAGUAAGUGGUAAAAAUGAGAAUAUCAGAAGAAAGGAUUACCUCUAAGGUCAGGAUGCACACAUUAUGACACGAAGUAGUCUUACAAAUCAGGGAAAAUAGCAUCAGAAAAGCCUGUAACAAAAACAAAACUAUGGGCCAAAAUCUUCAUAGAAAUACUAAGAUUUAAAUGAGGAACUAAUUCUUUAGGGCACAUAAAAAUGUGUUUUUUCUCUUUGAAUUUCUAACAGUUAAUUCUUUUUUCACUGUCAGAAGAGUCAAAAAAAAUAUUCCAAGAAUUUCACAUUCAAAAUUUAGAAAGUGUUAUUGCUCUUUUUUACUCAGCAGGUUUGCUUUUGUUUUUAAAAAAUAUUCCUAGGUUUUCAUAUUUAAACUUUUGAUCAAGUGUUAUUCCUGAAGUUUUCUUUUUUUUCCCAGAGGGCAUUUGAUAGAUUGCCUUUUUCUCUCCUCUUCAAUCAAAGUGGUGCUCUGAGAAAGCGAGGAUAGUGGAGGCGGGGUCAUUUUCUUUAAAAAGAAAAGAAAAAUGAAAGACCCAACUAGUGUUUUGUAAAGAGUGAAAAUAUUAACACUGUAAAUGCACUUUAGAGGGUAAAACUAGCUGUUUUAUAAAAGAAAAAAUUGGCUCCUUUUUGUUCACAGGUCCUGAAAUGGGCGUCAGGUAUAAAGGAUAUCAGUGGGUUAUGCUGGUAUUUGAUUUUAGUAUUGAGUUCCCAUUGCCAACUUUUCUAACCACGACGGGUUAAUCUGCUCCUCUUCUUCAUUUCCAGCUUGUUUUUGCAUUCUUACAAGAACUAAAUUCUUAAUUACAUAUAUGAAAUGCUAAGCAGAAGUUGCACAUUCUGUAUAUGUAAUUGAUAUUUAAAUAACUUAUUUUUGCUUUUUUUUCCUUAUCACAUGUAAUUAGCUGUACUAUAUAAAUAGCAAUUUCUUCCUGCAUAAUGCAUAUUGCUUUAGCCAGCGAGGAACUACAGUAUGUAUUGUAAAAUAUGUGUACAAAUUAUUUUAUUUGGUUUUCAUCUACCUAAUGAUUGUCCAUACAGAUUUGCUUGUGUAUUGAAACAACAAAAAAGUAAUGUCCAUAGCUAUUUGUCAUUCUGAAAUAUAAUAAAAACAGUUUC